AUGAAUGGGCUUGGGAUUCAUGUCCGGGAGCAUAGUGGGGAGCAACAGGAUGACCUGCUGCCUUCGUUGCCAGCAUCGGCCUCUCAAUUUGAACCACCAUUGGAGGCUUUGGAGUCCAAGACUUCAAACUACAGUUCUGCAGUGUCCCUGGCGCAAAUACCCCUGGACACCUCUACCAGCGGCAUAGACCUGUCAGAUAUUAAAGUGAGCAGUCCUACCCUUGAUGAGUCAUCCACGUUUGAUGAAAAAAUAGACGGAGAUAGAACUUUAUCCAAGCGCUUCAGGACUUCGUUUGCAAAACUAAGAAUUCAGUCGAAAGUUGUGCCUGCUCAUGAGACUGAUGAUACGCAUACCCUCAAAAAGAUGAGAUCCGGUCUUCUGAGGAAGUGGAUCUCCCAUGAUAACACUGGUACAGAUUAUGACACACCGCUUAGUCAAACAAAUUCGAAACCUAGAUCUUCUCCCACGUUAGUUACACAAACAAUAAAUGUACCCUCAAGAUCUUCCAGCCCAUCUUUUCAUACCAUAGCAUCAACAUCAGCUACAACCUCAGAUUUUAAAGGUUUCGAAACUUCCCCAGUAAUAAGUGUAAAUGAAAAGUUUUUUGGAACUACCUCAGCUAUAGCUACUCACAGUACUCUACAGAAUACCAAUGAGAAGGUCUUUGUGAACAUAUUCGAUGAACUUCAAUUUUGGAAGAAACUGCGCUCAGACAAAGCUCGUGGGUUUGAAAUUACCGAGUCUAGACUUAAGAGUUCAGGCUGGUCGUCAAGCCAAGAUAUCGAGGAGCUUCGGAGACACAAGGAAGCUUCGUUACACAUUUAUGAUGAAAAAAUAAAAAGCCUGGAAGAAAGGCUACAAGGAGAUUGA